CAAAUCUCAACAAACAUCGCGGUUCUAUAAAGUCCUCGCCCGUGUCCAUGUCUCGUUCUACACCUCUUUCUUUCCCCCCAUCUAGUCCUGGUGACUUGAACGCCUCUUUCCACAUUACUACUAUCCAACGACUGGUUUCGUACUUUCACAUCGCUAUUCAUUCUCCACAUUAUCAUGGUUGUUCUUACAUCUCGUGUCGCUCUCAUCGCCGCCUCUAUCUCGCUCGCUGCAAUCUCGAAUGCACCUACCGUUGAUGGUAUUGCGAUUCCAGCCGUUACUCGCUCUGAAGUAGUAGCUCGCCACACGUUGGUUCGUAGAGAAAGUCCAGGUUUGGAAGCCGUUAUCCGGCGGAAGGGGAAGAAGAUGGAGAAGGAGAAGGGCGAGGAGAAGGACAACCUUUCGAAGAACGGCAAGGGACGUCAGCACCACAGCAGCGAUACGAGAGUCCACAGUGGAUCAGAGGGUUCUGACUCACUGCUGCGGAAGCGCUCGCCCGAACAGAAGUUUCUUCAUGUUCGUCGCGGUGCUUGGCCUCAACCUGAUCAUGGUCGCAACUCGCCAUCGCGUCGCGCCCCCCCUCGUAUUUUUAUCACUAGGGGCGAAGGUAAUGCUACUCCUGGGUAUAUCGCAUUGGAGGGCUCCGAAACACGGAAGGACUAUGGCUUCUUGGCCUGGAAUUCCACAACUGGUGAUAUAGACGCCUCCGACCAGGCUACGGUUUGGAAUCGCAUCCCAGUCACUUGCCCGCAAGACUCCGGCUUCCAACAUUGUGCUUCAUUUGCCAUGAUCACUACCUCGGACAAGAAUCUGUGCAUUACGUUCCCUUCAGAGUCAACGGAGCCUUCGCGCUUUCACGGGGAUUAUUGCCGGGCCGGGUCUAUGGCUGGUGAAGAAGCUGCUGCUAAUCGAAGUCAGACUUUUGGAUACCACCCUAAUACUGGCCGUAUCGAACCUCUUCCCAGCGGCAACUUCUCAAGCCGAUCGACGGCCCUGUGGCGUAGAGAGAGUGGAGAGCAAGUGGCACUAGUCUUCUCUCUCCUUGAACAGAACUCGAGCGUCAACCAGUCGAACAUUGAUUCAUCGAAAUCCGAUUCCACCUCUGCGUCUUCCGACUCUACUGCUACUGCUGCUGAGACCACCACCUUGACGGUCACGGUGACGGCAGAAUCUGAGCCGACCACAUCUCCAGCCGACUUGGAAAAAGUGUCGACCGCUUCUACUACUGGUACCGCCUCUCCUACUCAAACGUCUAGUCCACUCGUAGUCAAGGUCUUUGGGAACUCCUCCUCUUCCACGACUGACGGUGUUUCCAUGACUACAAGCGCUACAGCUGCCGCUACUACUACAGCUUCUACCAGUUCUGUUGAUGGCAACGCCAUCGCUUCCAGUAUUGCUGCAGAGUAUAGUUCUUCCAGUGUCGCUUCUACCACUACUACGGACUCUUCAUCUACUAGUACGGAUGCUGCAAGAAGGUAAUCAAGGUAGUGUCUCCGCGAUGUAUUGUUACCCUGACUUGAAAUUAUAUACCAUGAUUUUCAU